AUGGAGCCAAACUCGACCACCACACUCCAGGUUACGAUUUCUGGUGAUCCUGCACCGCCACCGCCAACUGUAAUUUUGAUGAGACUUCGGCCUUUGGAUAACAGCGGGCCUGGCUGGCAUCGUCCGGAACCACCACCCCUGACUGUUCGACUGUUGGCUGUCACACGGCUUCCAAAGCUGUUGGUGAUGCCAAAACAAUUGAUAGUGAGGAUCUGCGCCCUGGAUUUGCCAGCGAACGACAUAUUAAGAAUACGUAAACGACUCCGAGUUAUGAACACCGGUUCUGGACCUCUUCAAGCGUUCGCCAUCACAGAGUGCCCCUGGUUCAUAAGAGUUGCGCAAGAACAGUGCGACGCUAAAUGCCUGGAUCCAGGUCCUGGGUCCACGGUGCUGAACCUAGAUCUGCUGGCUAGAAGUUCUACUGAGAUUGCGAUAGAAGUAACAAUUGUGACAGAGGAGAUGUGGCCAAAACCCCAAGAGGACUAUGAGAGAAGAAGAUGUAUCACGAAUGAACUUAGAUUCUUUGACGACCAAAACAUAUUUUUGAUGUCCUUACCACUCCAGUUGGUCGUGGAAUAUCCACAAAUUUCCGUGGAGCCGAGGAAGAUCGACUUUGGUUAUGUAAUGGACGGAGAUCGGAGGAAUACCUUCUUCACUGUAAUGCAGACGAGCUUUUCGGCUACAAUGGAGGUAGUUGUAGAAUGCCUCGGAAAGGAUUAUCAAACAUGGCCGCCAAAUUUAACUCUUGCGCCGCGAUGCCGCGAGCGAGUCUACGUACAAUAUAUUGCGAGGUAUCAAGUUAGCCCAGUGGAAGGAUUGGUGAAAAUUCGGGCGUUCGGUUCGCCAGGAUCAUGGUGCGCAGUGGCAGUACAGCUGCGCGCGCAGACGUCGCUAGAUCGCGCGACGCACUUACCUGUACACGACCAUACAGAUGAUUCUCACCUUUUGUUUGAUUAA